AUGCAAAGGCUCAAUCUAGAUAUAGUAGGGGUCAGUGAAGUGAAGUGGAAGGAAGACAAGGAUUUCUGGUCAGAUGAGUGUCGGGUAAUAUCAACAGCAGCAGAAAAUGGUAUAACAGGUGUAGGAUUCGUUAUGAAUAGGAAGGUAGGGCAGAGGGUGUGUUACUGUGAACAGUUCAGUGACCGGGUUGUUCUAAUCAGCAUCGGCAGCAGACCAACACCGACAACGAUAGUUCAGGUAUACAUGCCGACGUCGAAAGCUGAAGAUGAACAGAUAGAGAAAGUGUAUGAGGAUAUUGAAAGGGUAAUGCAGUAUGUAAAGGGGGACGAAAAUCUAAUAGUCAUGGGCGACAGGAAUGCAGUUGUAGGGGAAGGAAUAGAAGAAAAGGUUACAGGAGAAUAUGGGCUUGGGACAAGGAAUGAAAGAGGAGAAAGACUAAUUGAGUUCUGUAACAACUUUCAGCUAGUAAUAGCGAAUACCCUGUUCAAGAAUCACGAGAGGAGGAGGUAUACUUGGAAAAUGCCGGGAGAUACGCGAAGAUUUCAAUUAGAUUACAUCAUGGUAAGACAGAGAUUCCGAAAUCAGAUACUGGAUUGUAAGGCGUACCCAGGAGCAGACAUAGACGCAGAUCACAAUAUAGUAGUGAUGAAGAGUAGGCUGAAGUUCAAGACAUUAGUCAGGAAGAAUCAAUACGCAAAGAAGUGGGAUACGGAAGUACUAAGGAAUGACGAGAUACGUUUGAAGUUCUCUAACGCUAUAGAUACAGCAAUAAGGAAUAGCGCAGUAGGCAGUACAGCUGAAGAGGAAUGGACAUCUCUAAAAAGGGCCACCACAGAAACUGGGAAGGAAAACAUAGGUACAAAGAAGGUAGCUGCGAAGAAACCAUGGGUAACAGAAGAAAUACUUCAGUUGAUUGAUGGAAGGAGGAAGUACAAACAUGUUCCGGGAAAAUCAGGAAUACAGAAAUACAAGUCGCUGAGGAAUGAAAUAAAUAGGAAGUGCAGGGAAGCUAAGACGAAAUGA